AUGUCUACACUGGUUGGAUAUCAUGGCACAUGUCCAGUCAUAGAUUAUGAUGAAGGUGGUGUAACAUUGGAUUACUGCAUUGAUAGAUGUCUAGACAUGCCUGACUGUCGAGCUGUCAGUCACGAUGAUUCGCAGCUAAAAUGUUUCUACCAUAACUGCAUAGAAAGAUAUGGGAACGCAUCGUACACAUUUGUUAAGAGAGAAUGCAUGACAAACGAAGAAUUGAAUCCAUUAAAGCCAUACGUACAAACUUGUAAGAAUUGUAUUAGUAGCUGUUCCGCAGCGUUGUCAGUACAAACAAGUCAGAAAAUAAGCACCAACUGUAACACCACGUGCGAUGACUGUAACAAUGUGUAUUAUAAUCCUGUAACCGAAGAAUGUAAACAGUUUCAGUGUGAUUAUCCAGUUGCUAUCGGGAAAGGAUCGACGCUUAUGAGAAAAACUGCAAAUCCAGACUGUCUCAAUUUCGAGCUGUUUGUAUCAAUUGGCGAUAUACCUAACUGCGAAGCAUUCGGAUACGAUGAGAGCGUUCACAACUUGAUGUAUUGUCUUAUUAGAUGUCUAGAUAUUACUGGUUGCCGUUCAAUGUUAUAUAACCAAACUCAAAAGAGAUGUUCUUACCACGCAUGCGCAGACGUCACAGGGGAGAUCACCAAUCACUGGCUUAUUGUGAAAAAAUGUGCCUCAGAGUGCCUUUCACCGACAACGCAAACGUGUUUUAAUUGCCGAGAAGACACAUCGAUGUGCCCGUCACAUUUCUACAACGUGACAACUUCUGACGCAAGCUGCAAGUCGUUAUGUGAGUCCGAGACAAACUGCAAAGGAUAUGUUUAUGACAGCAAUAGUAUGGAAUGCCAGUUGUUCGAGUGCGGAUAUGUCAAAGGGCAGUAUGGGUCGAUAUAUAACAAGGGGUCGUGCAAUAACGACUGUUCUCGGUAUGAAAUAUACGUUCUGGAAGGUUACAGAGGCACUUGUGACGUUAUUGCUGAGAUGAAUACGUCUAAGUUUCUCCAAUUUCAUCCGGAAAUCUGUUAUGAGAGAUGUCUUGAUACGCCUCAUUGUCGAGGCGUGACUUUUAUACAAUCGACAUUAGAGUGCAAGUUUCAUGUGUGUAACUGCCAUACACCGUAUACAGAAAUAGCUGGUGCAAGGUUUAUGUGGAAAUAUUGUUUAGAUGAUGAGGUGAACGCAACAGUUCUUCCGCAAGGUAUCGUUUUGAACGCAAAAGAAUAUCCUACGUCAUCUGAAUGUAAACCUCAACCAAUUUACAUAAUGCCUUGUGCGUGUAGCUCCGGUUCUUUUGGUAACAUGACAACGGAGGAAAUUGCACAACAACUCGUGGUAAACUUAACAAUCGACGCUGAUACCACUUCCGCUAGUAUCCGGAAAUUGACGUCUGCCGAGGAUAACCGUCCUACAUCUGUCGCUUUCGGAUACAUCGGUGUUGUUGUUAUUGCUGGAGUUGCAGCUGUUAUUUGCAUCAUGGACGUACCUAACUUAAUACGAACUUUAGCACACAUCGGAAAGCAAAUUAAAAAGAUGGUAAAUCAGAAGAAAGCCCGAAAAAAGAGACCGAAAUGUUAUGUUAAACCUCUGUCAAGUGGCCCGAUUGAAGCUAUUGAUCAUAUAUUCGCUGAAAAUAUCGACAGUGUUUUAGAAACAGAUGCAGAAACACACACGUCCACCGGAACGAUUGAGUGACUGAUAGAUACACAAGCUAUCAAAACAAUCUGGUCUUAUUACAGUAUGGUGUUAAAGCCGCCAAAAAUAGUUUAAAGUUCAACAGAUUCUGCAAUAUAUAACAAGACAGUUGUCCCCUUGUUUUUUACUUCCCUUUUUAUUCAUAGAUGUAAUAGAGACAUGUAUUUGCUAUAAUAUCAUUAUUUGUGUUGCGUAACUGUAUCUUUUAAAAUUUAAUUGCAUUGUAUUUUUCCAAUUACCUUUAUAGUAACUGUAUGCUGAAUAAUUGACAAAUAAAUUAGAUAAGUUUACGAUUAUUUCAAUUAUCAAAUAGGUAAGUGUUUAGUCACAAGAAACAAGUAAGUAUGGUGUGUUAACGUAAAAUGAUGAAUAGGUACCCUAAUAAUUAUAUUCAUAAUCAUCAAAUGGUUUCCUUAGCAUUUGAAACCCACGUUGGCUGAGUUUCUACGAACAUUUACUCUCCACUGUAAAGUUAGGUUGCCAAACUCUAAUGUUGUUUUUUUUUUAUUAUGGCAAGAGAUGUGAAAAAAUUAAAACUGUUUUAUUGUAAAAGUGCACAAAACAAUGCUUUUAAUGAAUAAAUAUUACCAAGAAAUUAAAUGUGUUUUCUUUAUUUUAAACAAACGAGAAACCUUUAACUAAAUAC